AUGUCCGGCGACGAGAACAUCGAUCCUGCGCUCCUUGGCUCCUCGAAAUCUCAGCGCGAUGAGCACCAUAAGAAUCUCGGUGUCUCCAAGAAACGCAAACGUGCGAAAGAUCUGUACGAUGCCGCCAUCAAGUCGCUCUGGGGCCCUCAAAUCACUGGAGAUAUAGUCGAAUAUAAUGAGGCCAUGAAGAAGUUCCAAGAUCAGGUCAAGAACUUCAAGCACGGCACUCUGACCAGAAUGCAAGCAUUCGUAGAGGAGAUAAUCGAAGCUAAUGCUAGCAUUCUCACCCUACCGGAGGCCGGCCUGCAGAUCAAGUUUGAAUCUGUAUUUUCUCCAGAGAACUUCUGUCGUGUCCAUUAUUAUAUGGAGAAGUACGUGGACCUCGACAAGAGCCACAAGAAUGGCGUCAAGUUCGCCAAAACCACCUUCGCACAGCUGGCCAUCGAGGUAAUGGCAUUCGUCAAAGUCCUUAGAGAUAAGGCAACGAAGAAGGACGGCACUGCUCGGGAUCGGUUGACCGCAGCUUUUGCUGCAAUUCCCAACCACCCGGCGUUCAAGAGAAUCCGCAGAGACAAGCACUUCGUGGAGAAGACGUCUUGCUCGCUCGGCCGCAAGAAGGAGAAGCAGGGCAGGGACCUUUCGGUCCUUAGCCGCAUGAACGUAGAGAUGGAGUAUUCCUCCGAAGAAGAAGAGGACUCUCCUACAGAACACAUUCGGUCGAUUCGGACGGCCGCCGCCUCCUCCUCCUCCCAACUUCAAUCACUACUGGAGUCUCGACCAAUACUCGCAGACGAGCACUCUGGCCUAGUCAGAGCUGGCAGAAGAAGCACAGCAGCUUCCAUCGAUCCGCGCCUUCUCGAACAUCGCCCGACCAGCAAUUCGCAUCAGCACCAUCGCAGUGACCAGCGAGUGCGAGAUCAAGACUCCAGCCGAGCGAUUCAGCAGAGCCAAGCGAUUCAGCAGACUCAGGAUCAUGGCGGUAGCACCGCGCAACGCAGCCCUCUCAAGAGCCUGUCGAUCAAUGCUCAACCGACUCGUCCGCACCGACGAACCAAGACCUGGAUGUGGCGCAGGAAGACAGUCGCCAUCAGCCAGACGGAAGAAGUAUUCCACUGGAGCAUUGCGGAACAGUACAACGAGCGUCUGCCGCCGCCGCCGCCGCCGCCGAUACCACUUAAAGACGUCCUGACUGGCUGCGGGCAGCAGGCGGGGCACUGUCACUUCAUUCUCGCCGGUGACACCGCAAUGCAAUCAAUUCUAUCUCAGCCCUCGUGGUGUUCGGUCGAGCACCACGUUGAGGUCCAGUGCCAGCCACAGCGCUUGAUCGCAGUGCCCCUGACCGAGCACUGCGACAAGCAGCAUUGUGGACUCAUAGCCGACGGUGCAUUGCUCCUGACCGAGCGUUGCGUUGUCAACAUCGUGAUCAACUGCCAGCGUGGUGCUCCUGACCGAGCACCACCUUUGGACUUCGUCAAGCGUCUACGUUUCAAGCCAUGUUGCAGGCUGAACGUCUCGCACGCUAACCGUCUUGCAGGCUGUCGCACGCUAAUGGUCCAAGAAGCUGAUCGUCUCAAGAGAACGGUUGUCUCGCAGGAAGCUGUCUGUCUCGCAGGCUGGAGGGUGAUCGUAUCGCAGGCUGUGAUUGGAGGGUUUGGAGAACUCGGAGGAGGCUGGGGAGGCUGGAGAGGCUGGAGAGGCUGGAAGGUUUAG